CUUCUGAGAAGAUGUUGAAAGCAUGGAAAGAAAUGGAAGAAAAGGCAGAAGCUUGUAAACAAGCUGCUGAAAUUGGUCAUUUGGAAGAACAGAUUGUGGGACUACACAGUGAAAUAGUGGAACUGCAGAGGAGCCCAUAUGCAAGGCGUCAGGGAGAUGUUAUGGAAAACCUAGAACAGAAAGCCAUUGAUUUAUACAGGAAGCUCAAGGGGAAACCAAAAGAUUCACAUCAAUACGGAGACAGCACAGAAAUGGUAAAGAUCAUUGUUCAAACUGUGCAGAAUCAAGAUCGGGUGCUAAAGGAGCUAUAUGCCCAUCUCAGUAAACUUCUGGCCUGCAAGCAGAAAAUCAUUGAUCUUUUUCCCAAGAUUGAACAAGCGCUUGACAACAUUAGAGAAAAUGAAAAAAUGUUAUUGCGGUCGCAAGAAAAGAGGCAGAAAGAAAUAUGGUAUUUGUUAAAAAUUGCUUGUAGCACAGCUCGAGGUCCUGAAAGUGCAAGCCCGGUGUCUUCUGGUUCACCCCAUGGUUUAGGAUGGACACAACAAGGGCAAAAUUUUAUGCCACAAAAUGCUUUACCUAACCCUUUGUCCUCUAUACCUGCAAUGAAAAACAGUGAAUCUUCAAUGUCUGUAAUUGAAGAGAACCAACAUUUCUGCAGCCAGUUGCAUGAUUUGAUGCGGGAAACUCUGUCAGAACAGAAUAAUAGUAUAUCGUCUCUUGAUUGGAGCUGGCUUGAAGAAAUGCUGUCAGACAGACUCUGAAAUACAUAUCUUGGCAUGGCAGUUGAUUUAAUGAGCCCUGAACACCGGAAGACUUUGAAUCAGUGUUGAUUUGCUGUUGUGCACACUAUAAAGAAAAGUCCUGUUUCUGGACCUGGGAACAGAAUCUUACUGUGCUUCGGAUCCAUGUCUCUUAGGACUUUAACUGCACUGUAUCGGAUCAAUGCAGAACAGUGCAAGAAAGUAUUGUACCUGCACAUUAUACUGCUUCUGGCUUUGUCAUUAUCCAUUUUUAUGUUACACUUAAGAUAACAUUUUAGCUAAGAUUCUGUUGGAUAUUUAAUAAAAACAGAAAUUCAGAAAUAUUCAAGUCUGUCAGCAGUUGGAAAAAUGAAAAGGUGCUUGUACAAUUUGUUCACUGAAAUUGAAGGACCAACAACUUUAACUGUCACACUUUUAUAAAUCAGUUGCUAUAGGAUUUUCAGGAUUGUUUUAUUUUGCUUGUUUAUUUACAUCAGUAUUUAUUUAGAAGAGGUAAGAGUAAAAAUAUUUUCCAGAUCUUUCUCUGCAUUAUAUAUGGAAAGGGAAGUAAUUCCAGAAGAAUUUGUUGAACAUUUUGAUUAUUUUAAAAGAUCCAUGUUGCAUAUUAUCUACAUGCAUACCUUUCUGGUCUCCAUGUAACAAUAACCAAUUGAAGUCCAGCUGCCUUGUAUAAGAUUUAGGCAGUGUCCUCCUGUAGUCUUAGGAAGUUCAGUAGGCCAUGACUUUCAAAUCAUUAAAUAUCCUUGGAGACCUUUAACAGUAACUUGGUUAACAAGUACAGAGUUUAAUGGUGUCCUCAAUUCUUAGCAUGUCUAAAGUUGUGCAUCCUGCAUGAUGGCAUUCCCCACUGCUGACAUAGACACUGCAAUCGACCCUGGAGCCAGAACCAACUACAGGUUUCAAAAUUAAUUAUUUUCUUGACAUUAAAUGAUAUUCUCCUGACUGUUGUUUAACUCAUUCAAAAUACAGCCUACAGGUUUUCCUACUACUUCAGUUUCAAUUUCUGAAAAGCAAGUACAAGCAUUCUGUAGAAGCCAUAUUCAUUUCGAGGAACUGUGUUUCAUAAAAAAAAAGUUGUGCAAUGUUUGCAAAAUGAUAUAUAGCUACCUGAAAAGUUCUGUCAUUUUUAUAGAAAUCAAUUUUAAUACCUGAUAUGUCCCUCUCUAAUAUUUUUUGACUGCUAUUCAGAAAAGAUUCUAAGCAGCUAUCAUGUCCAGUAACAUACUGUGACAGUCCCUAAAAUUUCUAAAACAAAUAUCAUUUUCAUUGGCACGUUUAGUCUUAAUGCAUUCCACAAGUAGAAACUAUAUUUUCCACUCAUUUGUUGUAGUGAUUGGAAUGAGUUCAGCCAGGUGGACCUCGCAGAAUACGAGUUUCCUGUUUGAGGCUGUUAACCUGGUCGAAUCAAGGUGCCCUGACUGACAUAUAAAAACAGGAGUGUUGGGGGUUCUGUUCACUCUAGGAGCCAGCUCUGAGCUAGCUGGGUCAGUGUCAUGUACAAUGCAUGUGUAAAUAAAGUGUGACUUGGUAAGUGGAAACUAUUUGAAUAACACUUUCUUUAUGGUUAAGUAACUCCUGCUUUUGUCCAGUCCUGUGAUUGUGGCAAAUUGGAGGCUACUCUCUAUCCAAUAGUUAAAAUUCACUAUUUUUGGGUUUGAAGCAAGUACUGGUUCUUGAUGGUUUUAGCUGCCCGGAAAGCUUCCACUGUUGAGUUUAAUUUGUCUACUUUGUUGGAAUUGUUUGAAUGGAGAACGCAGAUAUUACAGGAUCAGUGUUUUUACAUCUAGGAAAUAUUUUUAUCUUUUUGACCGAAUAGAUGUAAGUUCCUCCUAUACCUUGAAAUUUGAUGAACAGUUUCUUGCAGUAUAUGUACGUCUGGGCAAACCUUUAGGUUCUACUUGGGGGUAAUUGCCAGUUGAUCUAAGGAUUAAAAGAAAAAUGCAAGGUCAUAUGUGGAUGGCACUCUUUUUAAAUUAUUAUUUUCCGCAGCUUCUUUCCUUGACUUCAUGGUCCAACCACCAUUUUUGACGAAAAGUGUAAAGAAUUGCUUCAGGAAUACUCUGGUGUUGUUUCAAAACUGGUUGAUAACCUAACUUGGCUGCCAAGGGAUUGCUGACCCUUUUUGGCCCUUGAAAAUGAAUCUGACUUUAGCAGUAUAACUAAAAUUAGCAACAUGAUUUUUUAAAAAUUUUGAAGCUUGCAUCUGUACGCUUGGCUCAAAGCGUUGACCCUUCAACAUUCUGCACAAACCCAAACUGGCUCUAACUAAUCCUAAACCCUUCAACCUUCAAUUUCCAUCUUUAACAUGAUAAUAGAUGCAAGGUUUUUUUUAAAUUUUUAAGUGACCUGUUUAGUCAAUUAUUGUGUUAAAAUGUUUAAAAUACUUUUAUGACCAACUGUGAAAUGACUUCUUGCACUGUGACAGUCUAUGUAUUUUUUUUCUUAAUUGACAUAUUUAAAUUGAGAUGCAUAACUCGCACAGCGAGAGAUGGAAGUACCUCUGGUCAUGAGUUUGUUCUGUAGGACUCAUUGACCACUGAAAUUUUUUUUUCUCAGAGUGGAAAAUACCUGUGUACUCAAAAUAUUUCAUGAUUUCUUGCAAAACAGUAGUGGUGCCUACUUUGUAAUUGCCCAACAUGGCAUCAUUUACUUGUCCCUUUGGUUUUUGCUGUUGAUUUGGUGUAAAUGGGAAAUUUCUUCUUAACUAAUCUUUUGCAUAUUUCCACCAUUGUGCUGAUUGAGACUGAACCUUAAAUUAUAAUAUGAUACAAAAAGGUUUGUUAUACUUCCUCACAAAUUGAUUUGCUUUUUUGAUUUCUUAGUACAAGUCCCAUGACUUUAAAUUGUUUAUUUCAUUUUAUUAAGCAGUCACAUUUGUGUCUACAUGUCUACAGUAGUCUGGUCGGGGGGGAAAAAAUAGCUUUUCAUUAAGGCAUAGACCACUCUAAACGUUGUAUGAACUGGGACUGCACAGAGAUAAUGCAGCAAGUACUGUGAUGAAUUGGAAAUACGUUGUAUCACUUGUCUAGAUUUUAAGUAAUAAAUAUACAAGAUCAGUGGAAAGAUAGUGAAUAGACUCAGUUCAUGAGAGAAUACCAACAAUGUCUUUCGUAUAACAAACAGUUCUGCUGUCAAUCAUGUAUCUCUUGUACAUUUUACAAUUUUAAUCCUAUGACAACAUUGAUUGCACUUUAAAAAAUAACAUUAUUUGAAUUUUGUUAUAUAAAGUUCUGUCACAAAAUAUUGUCAGCAAUAUGUUAGACAAUGGGUUUAUAUCCACCUCCUUAUUGAUAAUGAAACUUUUGUGUACUUUAUGUGCCUAUAUUUUUUGUCCAAUAUUAGCUAAUACAGGAAAAUAUUUUUCUUAUUCUGUAAGCUGUUGUGUGAUUGGAUUCAUUUUUCAUUAAUGCUAAAGCAUUUAUUUAAAUUGAAAUUAAUCAUAAAAUUCUAUUGUUCUGUUUUUGAUGUAAUCACUUAUUCAUAUUUCUUAAGUAACUGAAUACAAGAAAUAGACGUAAAUAUCAACAGAUAAAAUGCAGAAAAAUUAAAACUCCAAUUUAAGUUCCUGUAUAUAAUUGCAUGAUAAAUGUUAUUUUUUUAACUUCUGUUUUAAACGUUAAUUUGUAUUUAUACAGUUCUGAAGUAGCAAAAGUGUAUUUUUUGUCAGUUUUGUUUUGACAGUUUUGAUUAUUGUAUGCUAUAAACCGAUUUUAAUGUUUUGAACUGUGUGAAAUGCAAAUGGUUCUCAGAUCCACUACUAUGAAGUUAUUUUGUUGCAAGCAAACUGACAUUAAAGAAUAAAUCAACAGACUUAAAUGUU